UGCGAGAUAGGAAGUAUGUCACUCGUACAUGGUUUCUACUGUUGAAAAUUUAAAUGCUUGAUAAAGCCUUAUCUGCGAUGGUUGUAUCUCGCGCGGUACAUCCUGUAGGAACUAAAAUAUAAGAAUACCGCUAACAUAAGCAGUGAGUUCUGUAAUAUAUUAGAAUGCGCCUUCCCCCUCUGUAUUAAUAUUAUGAAAAAUUGCGGCCCAGCUGACAGAGAAAAGGAAGGUAAACAAAUAUUUUUGUCUUUCUGACUCUUUUCUACAAGGAAAAAAAAACCCAGUAUUAGCCAAUCAGCGAGUUCCUGACAAAGAAAACAAUAUUACAAUUUUUACAUCAGAGUGUAAUUGUUGGGAAUUGAGUGGAACACCUCCGCUCUUCUAAUGGUGCGCUCCAGUAUAUUAUAGAGCUCAGUUAAUACAGCUAGUUAAUACAGUAAGCUUUACACCAUUGUUAUAAGUCCUUUUGACGGAAAAUUUCAGGCUUCUUCGCGAUUAUUUCUUAAAAGCAAGCACGUGAGCGCACCGGCACAGGUACAACAAUAUGGAAAUCGACAUGAACAUUAACGAUAUAUUGCAAGUACUGCGAGAAAUGAUAACGUUUCUGGAAUGUCUCGGCGACGCGCAGCUUCCGCUUACGCUCGAGAGCUUGCGGGAGAAGCUGUUGGUACGGUCGAAAAACACUUUAAGCGUCACGAUGGCUCGAGCGUCGUCCUUAGCGGAACCUUACUUGGAUAUGAAGUCCGGGCCGAGAAGCGUAUUGUUGACUAAGAGCGAAGCCGAUUCAGAAGAAUACGUCGGAAUGGAAGAAUCUCAAAAGCGUACCCAGAUCCACCCUCGCACGCACACUCAUCAGGAUUAUUACGAAACUUUCGAAAACGACGGCUCUCUCCGGAUCGCAAGCGCGUCAUCGAUCACGAAUGAAUAUCUCAAGCAAAACGACGAUCGGGACGAGGGGGGACAAAUGCUGAUCGGAAUUUAUAAGAACGUUUCGGCGAUGCAAAUUAAAAGCAAGUGUUACAAAUGCGGUCCGCUCUACAGGAAGGAAGGAAAGAAGUUGUUUCUAUCGGAAAGCCGUGCCUGCUGGAUCGCAUUGGUUGGAUCGCAUCUGCUCAUCUAUCGAAGCGAACGACACAAUCGACCGUACGCGAUCUAUCAGAUUCGGGGUUACAGGGCCCGUCCGGCGCCAAUGAUGAUUCCCCGUGACCGACAAAAGAGCGAAUCAGCCUUCGAGAUAUAUAGUCCUGGAAACGAAACGUUACAGUUUAUUGCGAGAACACCCAAGGAGAUGGACCAAUGGAUAGCAAAGAUCUGCGAAAUAGAAUGUUGCAAUGAGAGCGAAAGGAAGAAAGCAACGGAAGCUCACGAAAAGAAAGGGCGGACUACUAUCGUCGAAUCCCCGUUAACGGAUCACAGCCGUAGUAACAAGACUACGCGAGAUGCUGAAAAAUCGGUUGUCGUCGAUAACUCAACGGCCAAAGCGGCCGAACUGACGAGUAACAGGAACAAAGUUGAGCGAAAAGAGAACACGGACGAAAGGGCGCCUUCGCUACCUGCCCGAAUACCUCGAAGGCUUCCCUCUUUACCUCCCGAUAACGAGAUUCUUACGGUAUCCUCUUACAGAGCGACCGUCGACGGUGACGACGACGAUGACGAUGACAUUUAUCACAGAAUCGAAGAUCUGAGGAACGAAACGCGUUAUCAAAAUAUGAUAUUGCCGAAAGACAAGCAGGCUGGUGCUAGUGACGAGAAACAGAAGGAAGAGAGAGCUAUCGCGUAUGACGACAUUGGUGCGCGUAAUAAAAAAAAUGAGAGAAAUGACCAGGUGGAAAAAGAUGCUACGAGGAUCGAGCCGAAACGGAACCUGGAUAAUGAUUCAUCUAUCGAGGUAUCUAUCGUUGACGGAGCGAUCGAGAAAAGAGAAGAGUUUUACGAUGAUGUGGGAAGCUUAAUUCCACACGGGAGAUUCGCCAAAGAUCGUGUCAAGAUCGAAACGUCGAGCAAGCUUCAACAAAAAAAGUCCUUUCUGGAUAGAGUUUUGAGUAGAAGAGAAUCUCCCAAAAGCAAAGAAUCGGACAAGAGAGAGAGGUAUCGUUACAAGGAGAGAGAGGAUAAAGUUUCAUCGAAUCCAGCAUCAUCUUUGGAUAUGGAAAAAAUGCCUACCUACGACGACGUGUCCGAUCUGACGUCGAAACAGGAUUACCAGGCAGGAUCCUUAACGGACGAGGACGAGGAAUUGUCGGAAUAUAAUCAUCCUCCUCCACCCAGGCCAAUUUAUCAAGUAAAAUUGCUCGCGGAAGGCCAAAGUGAAACGCAAGAAUUUUACGACGAUGUUAGUGCCUAUCAAGAACGGCAUAAUAAAAAUCCUCAGCAGGCGACACGGGAUUCAUGUAGUACGAAAGUAAACGAAGCUGAACGCAACGCGACGUACGACACAGAUCAAUCCGAAACGAACGCCCGAGAAGAGACGGAGCAUUAUCAGUCACCAAGAAGCGACUUGUGUAUUCGCGACGAUGCCGAUGAGAAGAAUGAACAAUUGUACGACGAUAUAGCGUUGUGGGCCGACUUUACAGCACGACAAAGAGACAUUGCCGGCAAGAGAGAGACUGAAGAUGCUAAAUCAGUCAGUUUGGACAAAAAGGCUUGGAAUCGAUUUGCCGUCAACCGAAAAUCACGAGUCACGAGCGAUUUUAACUGCUCCACCGAGCCAAAUAAACGAGGCGAUAACGAGGGAAGCGACGAGAUCGAAGAUUCCCCUACUGAGAAUAGUGGGGCGAUCAAAAGGAACACCUUUCAAAAAUUGAUCAGCAGAAUGGAAAACUCUCUCGCUAAAGUUUCCGCGAGAAGUCCGUCCUCGCUCUCGACGGGCAAGUCAAGUGUAUCGAGUAAUAGCUCGUAAAGCUCGGAUUUGUGCCAACUCGUGCGUCUCGUCUCGAAAAAAUCUAUAUACAGGGUGGGGCACCUAAUGAAACAAAACACCGGAAUAUCUCGAAAAUUAAACACGGU